AUGGGAAAGAAGCAACAUCAAAAGGAUAAACUAUAUUUAACAACAUCAGAAUGGAAAUCGAUCGGAGGACACAAAGAUGAUACUGGAACUCGUCUUCAAAGAGCUCAGUUCAAACGGCUCCCGAUUAAUCAUUGUUCUUUGUCGCUCCUUCCGUUCGAAGAUCCAGUUUGUGCCAGAUCUGGAGAAAUUUUCGAACUAACCGCCAUCGUUCCUUAUGUCAAGAAGCAUGGAAAAAAUCCAUGUACUGGAAAGCCAUUGACGGCGAAAGAUCUUAUUCAUCUUAAAUUUGACAAAGGAGAAGAUGGAAAGUUCAGAUGCCCAGUUACAUUCCGCACAUUCACAGAUCACAGUCACAUUCUAGCCAUAGCCACAACUGGAAACGUUUACUCUUACGAAGCAAUUCAAGAACUGAAUUUAAAGAGAAACCAUCUAAAAGACCUCCUCAAUGACGUUCCUUUCACCAGAGCAGAUAUUAUUGAUCUUCAAGAUCCGAACCAUCUUGAGAAGUUCAAUAUGGAACAAUUCUUGCAUGUCAAGCUUGAUCUCAAAACGUCUGAAGAAAUAAAGAAAGAAAAGGAGGCUAUGAAAGAUCCGAAAUUUUAUAUCCGUCGAAUGAACAAUGCUUGUAAAUCGGUAUUGGACCAGUUGGAUAAAGAAUAUGUUCCUAGACAGAAUGAAGUGGAGGCAGAUCAAACUGCCGAUGAAAUCAAUGCAGCCCAUUAUAGUCAGGGAAAAGUCGCAGCGGGAUUCACAUCUACAGUAAUGGCACCAGUGACAAGUAAUAAAGCUGCAGUUCUUGAUGAUGACACAGUUCGAUAUAGUCGAGUUAAAAAGAAUGGAUUCGUUCGGCUUGUUACCAACUUUGGACCUUUGAAUUUGGAGCUUUAUUGUCAGAAAGCGCCCAAAGCAUGUGAGAAUUUUAUCACACAUUGCACGAAUGGAUAUUACAAUAACACAAAAUUCCAUCGGCUUAUUAAAAAUUUCAUGCUUCAAGGCGGUGAUCCAACUGGAACUGGUCACGGAGGAGAAUCGAUUUGGGGAAAACCAUUCACAGACCAAUUUGUUUCUGGAUUCUCCCACGAUGCCAGAGGUGUUCUUUCUAUGGCCAACAAGGGAUCAAAUACGAAUGGAUCGCAGUUUUUCAUUACUUUCCGACCUUGCAAGUAUUUGGACAGAAAGCAUACAAUUUUCGGAAGAUUGGUUGGAGGACAGGAUACGCUCACAACUAUCGAAAAGUUGGAAACAGAAGAAGGGACCGAUGUUCCGAUGGUCAACGUGAUGAUCAUGAGAGCUGAAGUUUUUGUUGAUCCAUUUGAAGAGGCAGAGAAAGAAGUGCAAGCUGAAAGAGCGGAAAUUUUGAAAAAAACUUCCAAAGACGCAGCAUUGAUGGCCAGCAAAAAAGAGAUAGACUCAAUCUCCAAGCCAAAGGCAGUGGGCACUGGCGUAGGCAAGUACAUGAAGUCGACCGCAUCUGCCAACAAACGACAAGGACAAAUGGAAGAUGUGCCCUUGGAAGCUGCAAAGAAAAAGAAAUUCGCGAGAGCUGGUCUCGGAGAUUUCUCGAAGUGGUGA